AUGGCCGAUGGCGACGACCCCGCCGCCUUCUCCGCCGCCGUCACAACCGGUGGGCUGACCCACGUGGCCGCCGUCGCUGCCAUGCCGCCGCCCCCUGCCCGCCGGCCCGGAUUGGCGCCGUCCCGGCCGGUGGCCACCGCGCCGGUGGCGAAGCCGGCGAAGGGACGAGGAGGCAGCGUAAAACGGCCGGCCAACCGCAGCCGCAACCCGUCCGACAGUUCUACGCGGCCGGUGAAGGUCUCUAAGGCGGCCGCGGCAGCUCGGGGCGACGACUCGCAGACCGUGCGGCCGGCGGCCUCCUCCAGCAGCCACACAUCCAUUCCUCAACGUCCCCCGCCGCCACCGCCGGCCGUGGAGGAAGAUGUGGCCACGCCGACGGCCACCGCCUCCAACAUGUUCGACGAAAUGUCGCAAAGUGUUGAUGAUGAAGCUUUCAUGCACGCAACAAAUGUGGCAAAUGAUAAUUACUUGUAUGAGUCACAAGAAUAUGAAACCCAAUAUGAUGAUGACAAUCUUGAUGUGGACGAUGAGGGCUUUGUUGUCAAGGGAAGAAGUGGAAAUUAUACCACCGUGGAGGAUAAAAUGAUUGCACAAGGAUUGUUUCGAGAGAGGAACAUGAAAGGCGAGAAGAAGAAAAGGAAAGGAAAAGCUUUCACUUUUCAUCAUUGCUACAAAGAGCUCAAGGAUGUGGAGAAGUGGAAAACUAGAGAGACUUUUGAAUCAUCGAAGAAGAAGAGUGUGUUGCUUGAGGAUGAAGAAGAUGUCGCCAUUGAGGAGACGAGCCCCACUCCUCACUCCGCGACAAAAUCUUAUAGGCCCGAUGGAAACAAGAAAGCGAAGGGAACCAAGGCCAGAGAGAAUGAUCUCAAGGAAGGAUUUGAUGCCAUUGUCAUGCCAAGGAAAGAGUAUGCCGAAGAGAAAAGAAUCUUGAAGCUCAAGGAAAUAGAGGAGAGGAGUGAGGCCGAGCGGCGAAGGGCGGCGGCCAAGGAGAAGAGGGCGGCAGCCGAGGAGAGAUUGGCCGCGGCCGAGGAGAGGAAGGUGGACCUAGAGGAGAAGAAGGCCGCGGCCGACGAGAGGAAGAUGGUUGAGGAGAGGACACUCAAGUUUAUGUUUAUGGACACAUCAACUCUUGAUGCCAAGGCAAAGGCAUAUGUUGAACUUUGUCGCGAUGAAAUGCUCAUGAAGAAGCAAAUGGUCAUGAGGCAAAUGAUGAUGGGAGGAGGCAUGGGAGGUGCCAUGGGAGGAGGCAUGGGAGAUGCCAUGGGAGGAGGCAUGGGAGGUGCCAUGGGUGGUUACAUGAACAUGAUUGGUGGUUCCAUGAAUGGUGCAUUUGGCGGAAACAUGGGAGGUGGCUUUGGCGGCAACAUGGAAGGUGGCUUUGGCGGCAUGGGAGGUGGCUUUGGCGGCAACAUGAUGGGUGGCUUGGGAGGUGGCUAUGGCGGCAACAUGAGUGGCGUUGGAGGUGGAUAUGGCGGCAACAUGGGACGCAAUAAAGAUGCUUCCGGUGGUGCUCACGGCAACGAGAGUUCACCGCUUCUUGAGAACGUCGACAAAGACGGUGGUGGAGAUGAUGAUCAUACCACGGUUCACAACGCCGGUGGUGUUGAUGACCCGCAUGAGUAA